AGCGCGCGUCCAACGACUAUUGCUCUCUCUCUCCAACUUUGCGCAUCAAUUUUAACGCAAAAUCCAGUUCUUUGUGUCGAAGCUUCCAUUCCACCAAGAAGUUUCGUAGAGUUUAGUUCGUUGAUUACAAAAAAAAAAUUGUGUGUUGUUUGUUCUCCCCAUUUAAAAUAUAAAAUUUUAAUCUCAAGAGGAGCCUUUGCUCAAGAGAGAAAAAAGAGCCCCAAUAGUGUGUCCAAAUUUGAAUAAAAAAUAAUCAAAUUAUAACGAUCCCACCCUCUGUGAGAUUAAAACCCGCGCGCCUAAAGCCGUUACUUUUUUCUUGAGCACAAAGCUCAAAAAAAGUGUUUUGGAAAAAUUAUUUUUAAAAUUUCUCUUGUGGAAAAUUCCUCUUCAAAGGAAAAAAAGUGAAAAAGAUAUAUUUUGGCGGAAAAACAAGUAAGAGCGAAAAGACAUUUUAGGCGUGCAAUUUAUUCGUCUGGAAGUGAUUUUGAUAUAGAAAGGAAGGAGAGAGGGUAGCACAGCUAAAAAGGAAGAAGAAAUAAAACUCCACACGGCUUCUCGUUGAGUUUUGUUGAGUGCGGCAUAUGCUAUUUUAAUCACAAACAUCCCCCCACGAAAAGACGCCAAGUUAAUUUGUCUGGGAUCUCCAUUCCGAUCAAUAAGUCUCCGUUAGAGUUUUCUGUACACGUGCGCACAAGACCUUGUUGAAGAUGACAGAAACCACCGAAGCUCCUGCUGCUGCAAGUCAGCCAGACAAAAAGACACCAACAGAGGGUACCAAUCCCGAUGCGAGCUCUACGCCAAAUGAGGAGCAACAGGCAGCCAAUGGGAGUCCGGAGAAGAAGGCUGCUGCCACGGAGGAGAAGGAAGCUACGCCACCACAAGAGCCACCAAAGGAGAUGCGUGCUGUUGUCCUCACUGGUUUCGGUGGCUUCAAGGGUGUGAAGAUUCUCAAGAAACCCGAACCAACACUCCAAGCUGGUGAAGUUCUUAUCCGCGUCAGAUCAUGUGGAUUGAACUUCCAGGAUUUAAUGGUACGUCUGGGUGCUAUUGAUUCACCCCCCAAGACCCCCUGUAUUCUAGGACUCGAGUGUGCUGGUGAAGUGGAAGCAGUUGGUGAGGGUGUUGAGAACUUUAAGGUGGGAGAUCGCGUGGUGGCCCUUCCUGAAUUCAAGGCAUGGGCUGAACUUGUCACCGUCCCCGCUAAGUAUGUCUAUCACAUUCCCGAUGAGAUGUCCUUUGCGGAUGCUGCAGCCAUUGCCAUUAACUACGUCGUGGCAUACAUUCUACUCUUUGAUUUGGCAUCAAUCAAGUCAGGGAAGAGUCUUCUACUCCAUUCAGCCGGUGGUGGUGUGGGUCAAGCAAUUGUGCAGCUGGCUCGAACCAUCGACAAUGUGCAGGUCUUUGGCGUGUGCUCUAAGAACAAACAUGAAGCACUCAAGGCGGGUGGUCUCAUUGAUCAUCUCCUGGAAAGAGGGUCAGAUUACACAAAUGAAGUUCGCAAAAUCUCCCCAGAGGGUGUUGACAUUGUCCUUGAUUGCCUCUGCGGUGAGGAGUGCAACAGGAGCUACACACUACUGAAGCCAAUGGGCAAGUACAUCUUGUACGGAUCAUCGAAUGUAGUAACGGGAGAAACGAAGAGUUUCUUCAGCGUUGCCCGUUCAUGGUGGCAAGUGGACAAGGUGUCACCCAUUAAGCUAUUCGAUGAGAAUAAGAGCUUGGCUGGCUUCAAUCUGCGACACUUGCUGUACCAGCAGGAUGGGGUGGAGUACGUGAAGAAUACAAUUGAAGCUAUUUUUGAUUUGUGGAAGGAUGGCAAGAUUAAACCCACCAUUGAUUCCACCUGGGCCCUCGAGGAUGUUGCCGAGGCCAUGCAGAAGAUGCACGAUCGCAAGAAUAUUGGCAAGAUUGUCCUUGAUCCAGCCAUGGAGCCCAAACCCAAACCUGCCACUCCUGCCAAGGGUAAAGCUAAGGCCAAGAAGGAAGCGAGUGAGGAGAAGAAUGGCGACAAGGAGAAGAAACCCGAAAAUGAGGCGGAAAAGAAGGAGGAAGCGAAUGAUAAGGAAGCCACUGAGGGUGAAGCUAAAGCAGCUGAAAAGGAAAAUGGCGAAGCGACUGAGAGUGAAAAACAAUCAAGCUGAAUUAAUGGCCAUUAGAAUGCAAAUUGGCAUCUUAAACCACCACCAAUACCCCCCCCCACUCUCUCCCUCAAAGCACCACCAAGAUCCUGCUGGAUUAUAAAAAAAAUUUCUUUCUUUUAUGUUGAAUAAAACAAAAAAAAAACUCAGCCAAUGUGAAAAGAUAAAAUCUUGAGGGCCACCAAUCCAGCAAGUGAAAAAGAAAAGGUUUGUAAGAAUCAUACCCUUAAAAGAAAAUCCAUUUAUCAAAAUAUUUUGUAGAAAAAAAAUGAAAAUCGUUAAAAAUAUUUUCCGACGAAUUAUGUAAGAAAUUUUCUGUAGUUUUCAGCAUAUUUUUUUAGGCAUAUUUUAAUGAUGUAGACUUAAUAAAAAAAGAAAGAAAAAGAUUUACAAACUGCUCCAAAAAAAAUAAAUGAUUAAGAGUGAAGAAGUUAGUGGAGUUGAUGAAGAAGAUGUGGAGAUAAAAAGUGCUUUUGUGCUUUUAAUGUGUCAUAAAUAAAUAAAUUGAACGGGAGUGAACAUAAUGGAAGAUGAUGGUAAUAAAGAAGAAAAAAGACGAAUGAUCACUUUGUAAGCUUUUGUUGAAUUUAGUUUUAUUAUUAAUCGAGAAAAGGGAAAAAAUGAGAGAAAUUUGAAAAAUUGAAGAAAAAAUUAAUUCAUUUAUAUUGUACAAUAAUAUUGUUCUUACACAAUUCGUUCGUUGAUAUAAAUACACAAUGAUUACAAUUUAUUAAAAAAAAUAUAUAUAAAUAUUAAUAAACUAUAAAAUAGAACCUUAUGCGCUAUCCAUAAUUAACUACUUAUAAUUAUUCUCAAAAUCUUACGAGAUCAAUCAACAAAGAAUAUUGUAAAGUGAAAACUUAAAACGGUUUCCAUGUGAACCUCUAUUAAAGAAAGCCUAUUAAAACUGCA